CAGCAUUGUCCAUAGGCAGAGAUGAGGGAACGAGAAGAGCUGAAGAAAGCUAUCGAGCAGAGCGACAGGCUGCUGUCUCGGGUCCGCCAGCUGGAGGAGGAGAAUGCCGGACUCAGCAAGGAAAAGAAUGACACUUUCCUUAAGAUGCGUGCUGAGCAGGAGGCACUACAGCAGGCCGAGCAGCGCUGUGCACAGCUGGUCCAGGCCGGGCAUGAGCUCGAGGUUCAGGUGGCUCAGCUUGAAUUGCGUGUGGAGCAGGAGGAGGACGUGAACGCUCAGCUCACCUCGCAGCGGCACACGCUUCAGACUGAGUGCUGCAGCCUGCGGCAAGACCUAGAGGAGCUGGAGAGUGCGCUCAGCGCUGUGGAGAAGGACAAACAGGCUUCAGACUCUACAGUGAGAAAGCUCUCAGAGGAGUUGUCUCAGCGUGAGAUACUGGUUCAGAAGUUCCAGAAAGAGACUGAGCAUUUAGCCGAGCUCAGCGAGAAAGCCAUCGAGGAUCUACAGUUUGAGGAGGAGAAGGUGAACCUCUUGACCAAAGAGAAAGCCAAGUUGCAGGUUCACGUCGAAGAGCUGGAGUACCAGCUGGAACAGGAAAGGAAGCAGCGCACUGAGGUGGAAAGGUGCAGGAGGAAGUUAGAAGGAGACAGUAAGAACACCAUGGAGAACCUCAGCGAACUGGGCAAGAUGAGGGCCAACCUAGAGGAGCUCAUCAAAAAGAGAGAUGUGGAGAUUAGUGACACCAGCAGCCGGCUGGAGGCCGAGGAGGCACUGAGUGCAGGGCUCCAGAAGAAGAAUAAGGAGUUGCAGGCCCGCGUUGAGGAACUCGAGGAAGAACUGGAGGCUGAGAGAGGCAUGAGAGUGAAGGUAGAGAAGCAGCGUGCUGACCUGACCCGAGAACUGGAAGAUCUGACAGACCGUCUAGAGGAGGCAGGAGGUGUCACAGCCUCCCAGAUGGAGAUGAAUAAGAAGCGUGAGUUGGAGCUGCAGCGACUGAGGCGUGAGCUGGAGGAGUCCUCGGCUCAGGCUGAAACAAUGGCGGCGGCUCUGAGGAAGAGGCACGGAGAUGCCCUGGCUGAGAUGAGUGAGCAGUGUGAGGGCCUGCAGAGGACUCGCGCCAAACUAGAGAAGGAGAAGCAGAACCUACUGCUGGAGGUGGAUGACCUGGCAGCUUCAUUAGACACCAUGCAAAAGGCCAAGGCGUCCACUGACACACAGCUGAAGAAACUGGAGGAAUUGCUGUGUGAAGCUAACUCGAGGAAUGAAGACCUACAGAAAGCACUCACUGAGGUCACUGGGGCCAAGAACAGACUGAUCGCUGAUAAUAAUGAGCUAAGCAGGCAGGUGGAGGAGACGGAGACAAAACUCAGCCAGACGAGCCGCUCCAAAGGUCUGAUGAUGGCACAGCAUGAGGAGCUCAAGAAACAGUGUGAUGAAGAGGUCAAGAGUAAAGCGGCACUGUGCAGCAGUUUGGCAGCAGCGCGACAGGACUGUGACUCGCUGAAGGAGCAGUUGGAGGAAGAACAGGAAAGCAAACUGGAGCUGCAGCGCCUCGUCUCCAAGCUCAACAGUGAUGUCACGCUCUGGAGGAGCCGUCACGAGGCCGACUCUAUCCAGCACAGCGAUGAACUAGAGGAAGCCAAGAAAAAGCUGCAGGUACGCCUGCAAGAGGCUGAGGAGGCUGUUGAGGCCACGCAGGCCAAAUGCUCCAGUCUGGAAAAAACCAAGCAGAGACUUCAGACAGAGGUGGAGGAGCUCUGUUUAGACCUGGAAAAGGCAAACAAUGCUGCGGCGGUGCUGGAUAAGAAGCAGCGAAUGCUGGACAAGCAGCUGGGAGACUGGAGGCAGAAGUGUGAAGAGCUGAUGGUUGAGGUUGAAAGCUGUCAGAAAGAGAGCAGACAGCAUGCCGCUGAGCUCUUUAAGCUCAAAACAGCCCAUGAGGAGUCUGUGGAGCAGAGCGAGGCUCUACGCAGGGAGAACAAGGCCUUCCAAGAAGAAAUUGCUGAUCUUGCUGACCAACUUUCGGAUGGAGGGAAGAGUGUUCAUGAGCUCCAGAAAAUGAAAAAGAAGAUCGAGAUGGAAAAAGAAGAAUUGCAGGCUUCACUGGAGGAGUCUGAGGCAGCAUUAGAGGCAGAGGAGACUAAAGUACUUCGGUUGCAGCUGGAACUUUCUCAAGUCAAAGCAGACACAGAGCGCAGACUGCAGGAGAAGGAAGAGGAGAUGGAGGCUGCCAGGAAACUCCAUCAGAGGGCGUUAGAGUCUCUCCAGGCCAGUUUAGAUGUUGAGGUGAAGGGACGGACAGAAGGAGCACGUCUGAAGAAGAAGAUGGAGAGCGAUAUAAAUGAGCUGGAGUUACAGGUGGACCUGCUGAACAAGAACAACACAGAGCUGAUGAAGACUGUUAAGAAGAUGCAACAGCAGAUCAAGGACCUGCAGGUUCAGCUGGAAGAAGAAACAAGGAUACAAGAGGAACUGAGAGAGGAGCAUUCACUGCUGGAGCGACGCUGCGCUCUGCUGGUCAGUGAAGGAGAGGAGAACCGCACUGCUCUGGAGGCAACCGAGAGAGCUCGCAAAACAUUGGAGACUGAACUCCAAGAGGCCACGGAGAAAUACAACGACAUCAACAACCAGUUACAGUCAGCCUGCAGUGGGAAGCGGAAACUGGAGGUGGAUCUUCAGCAGGUCACCCAGGAGCAUGAGGAGCUGCAGAAUGAACUGAGAGGAGCUAGUGAUAAGAUUAAGAAAGCUGUAUGUGAGACUGCCAGAGUUGCUGAGGAGCUGCGGGUGGAGCAGGAGCACAGUAUGCACAUGGAGCGUGUCAAGAAGGGCUUGGAGUCUCAGCUAAAAGAUAUGACGGUCAGACUGGAUGAGGCCGAGCAGCUUGCAAUGAAAGGAGGAAAAAAGAUUAUUCAGAAGCUGGAAGGCAGGGUGAAGGAGUUGGAGCUGGAUUUGGAAACAGAGCAGAAGAAGAACUCAGAGACGGUGAAGACACUGCGAAAGAAUGAACGCCGCCUCAAGGAGCUCCUGUUCCAGUCUGAGGAGGACCAGAAGAACCAGCAAAGAAUGCAGGAGUUGCUGGAACGCCUGCAGAUCAAAAUGAAAACCUAUAAGAGACAAGUGGAGGAGGCGGAAGAGCAAGCCAACAUGAACCUGGCCAAGUACAGAAAGACCGUACAUGAGCUGGACGAUGCAGAGGAGCGGGCCGACAUAGCCGAAUCUGCUCUCACUAAGAUCAGGACCAAGAAUAGGGGCAGCUUUGGGAAGGGCUACUCAUCAGGUUACAGCACUCCAUACGCAGGGGUGGUAAGAUCCCCGAGCUCUGUGGGGUCUGAAGGCAGAGGCGAGAAGAUCCUGACCGAUGAUGACGAAUCAGUCAGUUCUCUCAUCCCGACUUAUCUCAAUUCCCUGAAAAAACUCAUGAUCGACUAAGAAACCUUUUGACAUCUGCUCUAUAUUCUCAGUAUUAUCCUUUUUUACUUAUACAGUGUGGGCUGUAAAUAAUUGGUCAGGGACAAAUUGUUUUGGCUGUUUUGGCUGCAUGCACUUGCACACUGGAUCUGAAAUAAAUCACCAACAUGAUCAUAAUAAAGUGAACUCCGGGUCUAUUGCCUGAAUCAUAGGGGAAUCAUUUGGUCAGCUACUGUACUGUAUGUGCACUAUCAGUUCAUACUCAAUGUUUUGCUGUUUUUCUGAACAUGAAGACCAAAGAAACAGGAGAUCAUGAAUCUAUACUGUUAGAAUAACAUAAAUAAAAAAUAAAAAAAAUCAGACAAAGCCAAAGCAAGAAUAUUGCAUGACUGUUCAAUUAUUCCACUAUUUUACUAGGGGCGUUCAAGUCAAACUGGGACUUUUGGCUGUGCAGAAUGACAGAAUGCAGUUAUGAGAGUAAAACAAACUUUAUUUCUCUAUAAAAACUCCUCUGCUGCCCAUGCAAAGCAUUUCACUGGUGCUUGAUAGUUUCUCACAUCUGAUACACUGACCUGCCAGGAACUUUUAUUUUCAAAAUAUAUUGAAAUGGCUUAAAGCGAGGUCUGGGGAUGUGGCAAAAAAUACCCAGCCAAGUUCCUGUAAUGUGAAAGCAGUGCAGUGCAUUGUAUGGUUUGUCAUGCUUUGGUGAUCAAACCAGGCCAUUUAUUAUCUUAUAGGAAAGGUCCAUUAACACUAUUACACGAUUAAUGUGGCAGAAAAUUUUAUGGAGAGAUAAAGAAUAUGUUUAAUGUCAUAAUUGUCUUCUGUUAUUCUGCACAAUCAAAAGUCUCGGUUUGACUUGAACGUUACCAAAACUUUGUUUGAAAUGCCAGUAAUGUUUUUUUUAAAACUAACAUAAAUGUUAGGAAUGAUCAAAAGUAAAUAUUUGAUUAAUUACAUUAUUAUUAUUAUUAUUAUUAACUUUUUAAAAGUCAAGAUAAACUGAGCAAGUAUUGAAAGACAUAUCAUUUAUAAACAGGAAGGAGUGCUCUUUGGGAAGUUUACUUACAUUCCAGUCUUAUAAGUAUGCAAGUUUUCGAACAAUCUCUAAUGUCCCGAAAUAAAUUGUUUACCAAGUAAUUUUUUAAAAAGAAAUGUACCCAUGUAUUAUUAUUAUUAUUAUUAUUAUUAAUACUGUAUUUUUAAUCCUUUAUAAAAGUAAAGAAAAUACAAUAAAAAUAGAAAUGAAAAUGAAUUACUGCAUUGUUUUUAUGACCAGUUUGUACUGUAUUUUUGAAGAAUCAACUCGAAUACACUUUAUUUCACAUAUUAAAGGGGGAGAAAAUCAAUCAAGGGUAUUUUAUUCUUCAUUUACAAUCACCUACAUACAUAUUGUGGUAAACAUCUAAACAAAAAAAAAUAUACAUCAGCAAUCACAGAAAUCCUUUUUAGACUUUUAGAAACUGAGAAACGAAAAAGAGUUCUCUUUCAGACAAUAAACAUGAAACCU